UAAAUGUCUAAUAUGCAAGCUCCAUGAUCCAUAUUUUCCUUCGAAUAUUUGAAAUUUCAUGGCGCUUCACUGGUUGAUGAGGAUGCUAACCUACUUUCUUGCAUGAGAUGUACAUUUGGUUUCUAUUACCCCACAAUUUGCUGCUCACUCGUCUGUCACUGUUGCAGAAGACUGAACAAUAUUGACAACUUUGGACAUUUUAAACUAUGGCAUGCCGGAGGAUCCAUUUUGGUUGCAGUCUCAUUUUCUUCGGUUUUUGGUGGCUGCCUACCUUGUAAAAUUUAUGGAGUUAGUUCUUCAUUGUUGCAAACUAUUGGAUACAGCAUCUUUGCUUCUAUUUUUAACAUGGGCUGGGCUGCCACCCAAGUUUCACAUAUGUCGAUGGUGAACUGCAUCACACUGAACCCAACCAGUAGAGUUGCACUUGCUAGUUGCCGAAAUGCCUUCACUAUGGUAGCAAAUCUUAGCCUUUAUGCAGUGGCAUUGGUUGUUUUCAGUAUCUAUGGUGCCAAAGCAUCUGCCAAUAUUAAAAUUCAGUACCGCUGGAUUGCAUACUUCUCCAUUUUCUUGGGAUUUUGUUUUGUGGGCAUAUUUCUGAUUGGAACCAAAGAGCCAGAGUUGAAAAUACAAAUCAAGUUGGAAAGGCCGACUAAGAUAGCAUGGUCCCACUGGUUCAGAAAGAUUUUGUACUAUCAAGUUGCUGUUGUAUACGUGCUUAUUCGAUUAGUAACAAAUGUUUCACAGGCACUUCUUGCAUUCUAUGUUAUUGAUGAUCUGCAAAUGAGUCCCUCCUCAAAGGCAGUGGUACCUGGCAUUAUCUAUAUCUGCAGCUUCAUUACAUCUGUAAUUUUGCAGGAGAUGAGAUGGAGCGGUUGGCGCCUUAAAAUCUUCUUUACAGCUGGAGCCAUUGUGUGGAUAUUUUGUGGUGUGGGAAUCUUUAUUCUUCCAAGCAACAUGCACAACCUCAUGUACAUUCUAUCAGUAGCUAUUGGCAUUGCCAAUGCUUUAAUGAUGGUGACUGGAAUUAGCCUGCAAAGUAUUUUGGUUGGUCAAGAUCUGAAUGGCUGUGCAUUUGUUUAUGGGUCAUUGGGUUUCCUGGAAAAAUUAUCAUGUGGGAUUGCACUGUAUGUUCUGGAAUCGUACCAAGAUCCUGAUCGGAGCGCUGGCCCUCUUAGCAUGAGACGUGGCUUUUCUGUGAACAGGUAUGGUCUGGGACUCGUUCCCGCAUCUUGUGCGCUUCUCUCGGCAUUUGUCACAUAUUCGAUGGACCUCCCCAGAGGCCGUUCAAGGCCGUUGAUCGAGCCUCUGUUAGUGUGAUUUUGUGCAAUGCAGGGAAAACUUUCUUUUUUUUAAAAAAAUUAAAGAAUGCACCCUUGACAAGGAAUCGUUAAUUAUUUGCAAGUUCACACAUAGAUGGCUCCUAAUGUCAAAUGUAUUAUUCUAUGGAAAAACCUCAAUUUAUACCUACUUCCAGGUUCAAAUGAUUGAAAUCUAAAUUGCUACAUUUGUUUCAGUAAUGUACAUAAGUUAGCAGAUUAGUGUUGAA